AUGCCUGCCGAUCAAAAAGAUCCAGCAAAAACCUCUGCCGGGGAUGAUCCCCUCGAAAAGGCUGCAGCCAAACAAGAAAAGGGAGCAGCAGCAACCGAAGGAAUUCUUGGGGAAGACGCCCUCGACGCGGCCAUUGGCGACGAGGCCGACGAUAACAUUGCCGAACAGACGUCGGCCAGUGACGAUCCUCUGGAAAAGGCAGAAGCAAAGAAGGAGAGUAGCUGA